CUCUUCUCUUUCUCUCUCUCAAAACUUUUUUUUUUUCUUUUAUCUCAUAAACCAAAAAAAAAAAAAAAGAAGCAAACCCUAUAAUGGAGGUGCCGGUGAUAAAUAGGAUUAGGGAUUUCGAAGUUGUUGGUAUAAACUCGAUUAACGAUCCUUCGUUUCUUUCUCGAUCUGUUGCUGUUUCCGGAAUCGGUAAGCUACACCAAGCUUACGGGUUUUGGAAAUGGGGAGCUUUGAUUAUUGCGUUUCUAGCUUAUUUCACAAACUUUGUUAGUAAACUCAAUAGUUUAGUUGUUAGGUUAAGAAAAAACAUAGAUGUCUCUGUCUCUUCCCCAACUCUUUUUGAUGAUUACGACAGCGAUUCCGAUGUUUCUUGUUCUUCUGCGGCUUCGUCGGACGAUGAAGAAGAAGAGGAAGAGGAUCAAGAAGAUGAGGAUGAGGAUGAGGAUGAAGAUGUUGACUCGAUCUUUAGCGAGAGACGACGGGUCAACGGAGGUUUCCGCGUGAGAGGAUCUGAUUACGACGAGGGGCAGAGUGGUAAUUGUACGUGGAUGCGGCAGAGGUGUAGUGGUAGUUUUGGAGAUUUGUUCUCGUGGCCUGAUCUUGGUGGGAUUGGUUCGAGUGGUGUUGUGAAGCUUUGGGAUCAUUUAGAUGUUGGUGGUGGUGAUGAUGAGGAUAACGAGAAUGUUGUGGCGACGUUUCUCAAGAAUUGUAGCUUAGCAGCCUCGUCGUCGCCGGUUUUUUUGGCCGCGGAGAAGAAAGGUGUCGACGGUGUUAAAGUGAAGGCGUGUGAUCCACGCGCCGGGUUCAAGAUGCCGGCGUUGUUGGCGGAGUGGAGGCAGCCGGGGAGGUUGUUAGGGAAUAUUAUCGGAGUUGAUGCUGGUGGAGUGGAGAAAGUUUACGUGAGGGAUGAUGUGACCGGAGAAAUCGCCGUCGGGGAUUUGAGGAAGUUUAACGGUGUGUUGACGACGGAGAGUGAGGGUAAGACAUGGUGGGACGUCGCUGACGUCGUUAUCUCGGGCUGAUGAUGGUGAGAUUGAUUCGGUUGACGAGAAGGAUGUGUUAAAGAAGUGGUGGGACGGUUUUGGUUUUGUCUUAAAAAAGUUUGAAAGAUUCAAAAAUCCAAAAAAGUGUAAAACGAGAAACGAUUGAAACAUUUUGUAAAUAAAAAUUUGUCUGUUUGCUUUGCUUUGGAGUUCGAUUCAUUGAAUAAACAUCAGCCUCAAGAUUAAUUAAUAAAAGUGUGUUUGGUCGGUUACUA